GAUUGGUUGGAGGACCUACGAGAGAACUCACGGCGGCGCCUAGUCGAGGCACAGAGCACAGUCUAGUAAUUAACCAUGGCGUCCGCAGGAGGAGGGAAAAUUAGAAGCCGGAGAUAUCACAUCGCUUCUAAACCAUACGCCAAAGGGAAACAGCAGGGCUUAAUCAGUCGAGUGACAGACACAGUGAAGAGCAUCGUUCCCUCCUGGCUACAGAGUUACUUUCGUAACGGGGAGCCGGCGGCAGGGGUGGGGGCUCCCGCUGAAGAGCCGCCCGAGACCCACCUGAACAGCCAGCCGCCCCUCCCCUCCGACGGAGAGGACCCCUCCCCCCUCACAGAUGAGCACGAACCAAAGGCCAGCACCAGUAACGCAGAGCCGCCCUCCACCAGCCGAGCAGCUCUCAACUUCCACGAUGUUCUGGCCAGGCCCCCCCUCAAUCGCACCCACCUGCACCUGUCAUCCCUGGACAGCUCCCCUGUUCUGCGGGGAGGCUCCAGCACCCUCUUCAGCCAGCCUUCCACCUCGUCCGCCCCCUACACGAGCGCUGGGCCCACCGGGUACUCCCUGGUGAAGGAGAUCAAGGACUCCAGCUCCCUGCACGAAGACGACAACAUCUCCACCACCAGCGGGUUCUCCUCGCGCGCGUCAGACAAAGAUGUGACGACCUCGAAGAACGUGCCCUUCAUGUGGUCCCCUGAGCACGACCGCACCCACCCUGGUCCCCAGCUGACCGGCUCCGCGCUAAAGAAGCCUGCGUUCAACCUGUCCGUGUUUGGGACGUCCUCUACUUCUCCAGCAAACAGCUUGAUACUGAACUCCAGCAAGCUGGGGGAUUCCCCCUUCUACCCGGGCAAGACCACGUAUGGAGGCAGUGCAGCGGUCCGGAGCGCCGCGCGGGUUCGACCGGACACACCUUACCAGGCUCCAGUGCGGAGACAGAUCAAGGCCAAGGGGGCGGGGUCUCAGCCGUACGGGGUGACCAGCCUGACCGCCCGCCGCAUCCUGCAGUCCCUGGAGCGCAUGUCCAGUCCGCUCGCCGAUGCUAAAAGAAUCCCAUCACCCUGUUCCUUGGCUUUGCCGACAGCGCUGAACAGACCCGACGCGGGCCUCACGCACCUGCAGUCGAAAAGGAAAAAGAUGGACGCCCAGUUGCCCCCUGUGCAGAAGCUGGUGACCCCAGCCACGCCCUCGGUGGCGGGGAAUCGUUCCAUGUCCUUCCGGCCCUGCCUGACGCCCUGCAGUAACCAGAGCGGUGUGCUGGCGAGGCGCGGCAGCACUGACAGGUCCACAAGACAAUCAAUACAGACAACUGAGGCACCAGCGUUGCCAGUUCAAAGUACCAGCGGCCUGUAUCCCUUGUCGAGCACCCCGGCGGCCAACGGUACAGACUCGCGCGGCUCUGGGGGGAAGAUGAAAAGGGAGAGGGGCAUCCGAGCCUCCACCAAACCUGCCCCAGAGGAUGAGAUUGCGGAGGUCCCGGAUUUGCCGCCUGUCUCCCUUCCCAUAAGCUCCGCCUCCCUGCCCACCUUCAAUUUCUCCUCUGUGCCCAUGUCCACUGCCACUUCAUCACCUGCUGCGUCCAGCUCUCUCAGCAACAAGGUUCCAGCAGCAGCAUCCAGCCCCCCCUGCACCCCCUUCACCUUCUCGUCCCCCAUCGUCAAAGCCACAGAGCCCAACCUCCUACCUCUGUCCCCCUCCUCUGGAUUCACCUUCAGUGCACCUGUCGCUAAACCUAUCCUGUCUGAUUUCGGUGGGAAGGCUGCCCCAAUCGUGACCCCAGUGAAGUCGGCGUCUGCUGCAGGCUCUCAGGCUGAAAAGAGUGAGGAGUUUGUGGGCUCUUUGCAGCCAGCCAAGACCCUGAAGCAGGGCAGUGUGCUGGACAUCCUGAGGAGCCCAGGAUUCUCCUCUUCGUCACCAGGGAGCGCCAUUCUUCCUCUCCAGGCUCCGCCCCCAACCCAGGAGUCGUCCUCGGAUUCUGGCUCCGGCUCGGAUUCUGGCUCCGCGCUUCUGGACAAGUUCAAACCGGCGGCCGGGUCGUGGAGCUGCGACGCCUGCAUGCUUAGCAACGGCCCGUCGCUAAGCAAGUGCGCGGCCUGCUGCGCGGACCGGCCCGGCGCGGACUGCUCUAAAGCGGACGCUAAGCCCGCCCCCGCGCCCGCGUCCGGGUUCGGGGCCCUGUUCGCCCCCGCGGCCGGGAGCUGGGAGUGUGACACAUGCAUGGUGCAGAACAAGGCCGAGGCGCUCAAGUGCGUGGCCUGCGAGAUGCCCAAGCCUGGGACUGGAGUUAAACCCGCCCCAGCCCUGCCCGCUUUCUCUGAGGCUCUGAGCGCUCCCGCGGCCCCCAGCAGCACCACCACCAUGCUGGGGACGGGGUUUGUGGGCUUCGGAGACAAGUUUAAGAAGCCCGAGGGGGCCUGGGACUGUGACACUUGCAUGGUGCAGAACAAGGCCCAGGAUUCUAAGUGUGUGUCCUGCCAGAGUGCUAAGCCAGGAUCGGCAGCGCCAGCAGCGGCGGCGAGCGCCCCCGUCCUGUCAGGAGGGGGGCUGCUGGGGUUCGGAGACAAGUUUAAGAAGCCGGAGGGCGGCUGGGAGUGCGACGCGUGCCUUGUGCAGAACAAGGCGGACGCCCUGCAUUGCGUGGCCUGUGAGACCAGCAAGCCCGGAGCCAAAGCGGAGCCCAAAGGGUUCGGCUCCUUCGCGGCCUCCUCCAGCUCCUCCUCCACCUCCUCCUUCACCUUCGGCAUCCAGUCCUCCUCCAGCGCGGACCCCGUCCCCGCCAGCUCCGGGGGCUUCAAAUUCGGGGAUCAGGGGGGCUUCAAAUUCGGGACCUCUUCAUCGGGGGGUUUCGGCGGGGGCUUCAAGUUCAACGCAGGCUCCUCCUCGGCGGCCGGGGGGGAGGACGAGAAGAAGGCGGGGUCCGGCUUCAAGUUCGGCGGGGGGAUCGUGUUCGGCACGGGGAGCAGCGGCGGGAGCAGCGGCGGGAGCAGCAGCGAGAGCGCGGAUAAAGCGGCGAGCGAAGCGCCAGCGGAGGCCGAGUCCAGCGCAGCGGCGGCCGAGCCCCCCAGUGCAGCCCCCGCGCUGCCGGGGCCGGGGUUCGCCUUCUCCGCCCCCAAGGACAAGCCUGAGGCCCCCGGCCCCGCCCCCACAGAGCCUGCGGCGGCCCCGGCCUUCUCUUUCGGGAAGCUGCCCGAGGCCAAGCCCCCGGCGAGCCAGCCGCUGGGCGGCUUCACCUUCGGGAAGCCCGCUGAGAAAGAGCCCGCCGAGCCGGUCGCCACGGACCCCGCCCCCGCCCCCGCCUUCUCUUUCGGGAAAGUGGAGGAGAAGCAGGAGGCUGGCGCUCCUCCCUCCUUCCUGUUCAGCGGGGCGAAGGAGGCGGAGAAGCCGGCUCCGGCCGCCGGGUUCUCCUUCAGCAAGCCCGAGCCGCCCCAGGAGGAGCCCGCGCCCGUGUUCUCUUUCGGCAAGCCUGCGGAGAAGACGGACGCGCCCGAGGCCCUCAAUCCGCCCUUCGGCUUUGGAGCAGCCGCCGCAGACGCAGGAGCCGCCAAGCCGGCUUUUGGCUUCAUGGCAGGAUCGGCCGCCUCCUCUUCGACGCCGGCACCCAGCCUGUUCGGGGCCGGCUCCGCCCCCGCAGGCUCCGCCCCCGCCCCCACCAGCGCCUUCGUGUUCGGGCAGAGUGCCCCCGGCGAAGCCGCCAAGACCUUCCUGUUCGGGCAGCAGCCGGACGCCAAGCCCCAGCCGGCGGCCCCCCAGACCGCCGCGCCCGCCCCGUCGGCGGCCCAGCCCUUCCUGUUCGGCUCCGGCAACACCCCCGCCGCGCCCUCCUUCAGCUUCGGAGCGGCAGCGCCCUCUACUGUCAGCUCCACAGCGCCUGGCUCCUCCUCCACGCCGUUCAUGUUUGGCUCAGCAGCCGGGUCGGCAGCGCCCCCUGCGUUCGGGGCGGGCACGGCGCCUGCGUUCGGGCAGGGCUCCGGCCAGCCCGGCGCCCCGGCCUUCGGCUCGGGCGCUCCCUCCCUGUUCUCCGCCCCCGCCUCCCAGCCCCCCGCCUUCGGGGUGCAGCCCGGCUCCACCUUCGGCCCGCAGGCCAACGCCACGCCCACCUUCGGAUCCGCCGCCGCCACCGCCGCCAACUCUGCUGCGGGUGGAGGGUUCCAGUUUGGGGGUCCCGGUGCUUUCGGGGCCUCGGGCAGCAGCCCGGGCGUGUUUGCGUUUGGAGCCGCCCCGGGGGCCUCUGCCGCCACCACGCCCGCCCCCACCGGCCCCGCCCAACCUGCUGCUCCCGCCGGGGGCUUCUCCUUCAACCAGGUCCCCAACUUCACCAUAGGGUCUGCCAAGAACUCCUUCAGCACGGCCCCGCCCGGACAGCACUCCAUCUCAGGCCGCAAGAUCAAGACCGCGGUCCGCCGGCGCAAAUAAUGCGUGGCCCCGCCCACCGAGCGCAGUCCUUACCGUAGAGACGCAUCCCAUCAGCACCCUGAAGCACAGAGCACGCACCCGCACGGCCGCCCCGCCCGCCCCCGUGUUGUCGCCCCCUGUUCUCGGGGGCGGGGUUGAGAGGGGCGGGCGGGUGCCGGUCGCUCCCUCCCGCCUUCCCCCGCGGGACCUCUGGUCAUGUGAUUAUCCAAGCCCUGACGUGAAGAGAAGGGGGGAGGGGGAGGGGGGGGGAGCGGCCAGGAGGGCGGGUGCGAA